AUGAGUUUGCAGCGUUCUUCCUUCAUUUUCUUUCUUUUUUUCUUCUUCCUAUCUUCUCAUGUCUCUUCACAAGCCUGCCAAAAAACAUGCGGCCAAAUAUCCAUCAAAUACCCACUCGGAACCGGGUCGGGUUGCGGUGACCCACGUUUUACACGUUACAUCUCGUGCGAUCCGGAACAACAGACUUUGACGCUCACCACACACACAGGCUGUUACCCUAUCACUUCCGUCGACUACGCCAAGCAACUGAUCUACGUCACCGACCCGUCCAUGUCCACGUGUGCAUGUACCCGACCCAGCAAUGGAUUCGGGUUGGAUUGGGACGCUCCGUUUUCUUUCCAGGACGACACCGUUUUCACUCUCCUUGACUGUUCUGUUGACGAAUCCCCUGUUUUCACACCGUUAAGUAACGCUACCGGACGUGUCUCCCUCUGUGACCGUCAAAGCUCCUCCAUUUGCACUUUCUUGUACUCCAAUUGCAGAGCGAUAAGUCUGAUAAACCUCCAAGUGUCAACGUGCUGCGUCUACGUGCCUCUAGACCUCGGACCAUCGUUUGAAAUGGAUCUGAAGAAACUCAAGUGCUCGUCUUACUCCGGUUUCUACAAUCUCGGUCCGGUCCAAGAAUCACACCCGGAGAAUUGGAACUACGGAAUCGCACUCAAGUACAAGUUCAACGUCUUCGAUGAGUACCCUGUCGUCUGCGGUGGCUGCGAGCGUAGUAACGGUGCUUGUGGCUACAACACUCAGACUAGCUCCUUCGUUUGCAACUGUCCCGGUGGGAUCAACACGACGUCGGAUUGCUUCUUCCUUUAUAACUCCGGUUCUGUUCUUCUUCCUUGGUUCUCAAGAGAAUGGGUGAUGCACCCUUUGUCAUGGGUUGUUUUUUGGAUAGUGAUGAGCCUGCUUUAA